UUCACGAAAUCCACACCAACGAAAAGACAGAAUGUCUCCGCGUAAAACCCGUUUCUUGUAGUCAAAACCCUUUUGAUAUUGAUUUCUGCAAUUGGGUUUUUUUUUCACUCUUCUUUGAGAUUCUCUGUUUCUGCCAUGGGCACCCUCACAAGUUGCAGUUUUGGAGCCGUGAGUUUCAGAUUCCGUACUGGUCCUGGCAUUGUCGUCAAUGGUCGGAGAACUCGAUCAUUGGUUGAGAACAGGAAGUGGAGGAAGAGCAACUCGUGUUUUCUGUGCAAAGAAAUCUCCAGGAGGGCGGUCUCUUAUAGAAAUUCUGUCAGGUUAAGAUGCUCUAGCGGUAGUAAUAAAAAUAAUGAAGAGGAGGGUGAAAAAAUAGCCAAGGAUUCGAGUGUGGCUACGACCGAACUACAGGAAAAGCCCGAGUUGCGAAACAGGGAUGAGUUUACUUCAAAUAAGGAACCUCCUUCAGUUCCUUCCCGGGUGUAGUCUAGUUCAUGUCAGCCGUGGGAGAGAUGGAGCAUGGUAUGAAGCGGCAUUUGCUAGGAGUACAAGGUUCACCUUGUGUGAUACGAGAGCAUCGUGAAUAACUGAAUACAAUGAGGUGCCACCAAACAAUAUUGUGUUACCGUCAUCAUCCAUAUAUGCCAUUUGUAAAUUAGUCCCGGUUCCCCUCAGCCCUUUUGCUCCAAUUUUGAACUAGACGAGGAAAAGCGCUUAAUAUGCUCAUUGAACAUGCGUCGCACGUUGGAAACUUAGUUGCUGCUAAGCAAUUACGGCAACGCAUUUUCCAUACUGGUUUCAAUUACAACAGUCGGAGAACACAGUGAGUACCCAUUGGAAAAGAUGAGGGUGGACCGCGAGUACAUGAAGUCAUUUGCUGACCAAUGGUUUUGAAGGGGCAACAACAAUACACAUUGGUGUGGUCAUAGAUUGUGUUUGGCGCUCGGGGUUCAAAAAGGUAGACUUUGGGUGGGGAAAGCCGAUUUGUAGUGGACCCACCAUUAUAGUGUGGAAGGAAGCUUUUUCAUACCGUUCAGGAACAAGAAAAUUUUUGGUUCAAAUCCGCUUGCCACGGCGCCACCAUCUGCUAUGGAAAGGUUCAAGAAGGAGCCUCACAGGAUGCGGAACCAACUUUUCAACGUCAAAUCUGCACUAUAAUAGGAGAGAAUUCUGCUAAAUUAAUUCAAUCAUGUUGGUUCAUUUCAGAGGACUACAGAGAACCAUGCUUUGAACGACGUGACUGAACCUCGAAAUCUUAAAGCUGUUUUUGUCGGCUAUUCUCCUUCUUGUGCUGAUGCUGCUUUGGAUGGGAUGAGCUUGAAAGGAGCUAGCAAUGAGUCCAGUAACCCCAUAUCAAUUAUGUUCGUCAUUGAUAUUUGCUUAUGCUGCUUCUCACUAAAAAAAAUGAUUUUUUUCGUUGUUCUGUAAGGAAGGUGUACUGAUUCGUUGCGCUGGACUAUAAAUUAUAAUUCAUGAUUUUUCAUAAUGGAGCCCAGAAGAACACUUGAACUAGAGGAGCACGGAGUC